AUGCCUUCUACUCAGCUAAAGCUAGACUCAGGGGGGGUCGUCCAAAACGACUCCAUAGAGAUACUAUCGCAAAUAAUCUCUGAUGAGGAAGGGAUGUACCGCGUCCGCUCUGGACAGCGUGUCUACUACCUUACUAUUCCCAGCGAUGUCUUCGACGAAGACACAAUGUGCCGUCCCUACCUCCUCAUUCCCCGCUUGCCGUGCUUGUCAGACAUAUCAGGAAGCAAGAUAGCACUCUCGCGCAACAGGGACGGCUCGCCCGCCGUAACUGCCUCCGACGACCCACUGCAGGAGGUCACAUUCACUUGGCACGAUGAACGUAUCGAUGUAUUGUCCCUACCAAGAACAAAGGGCCUUAGAUCUGGUGUUUUUGAGACUCUCUACCAAGGCCGACCAGCUGUUGCAAAAAUCGCAUGUUUUGAGUGGCAGAUUCCAAGCCUUACUCGCGAGACGUGGGCGUAUUGCGUCUUGACACAAUCCCAACAGCCAGACGACGACCAAUCUAUUGCGCCUAAGUUCCUGGGCCACUUGACGGAGAACGGGCGCGUGAUGGGCUUCCUUAUGGAAAGACUGGAAGGCAGGUUUGCGUGCUCAGAUGACUUGGCACAAUGCACAGCUGUGUUAAGGAAGUUGCAUGGCCUGGGAGGUAUGGGGCUUGUGCAUGGAGAUAUAAACCGAUACAACUUUAUUAUUGAGGAAAGUCAUGAAGGGCAUGUUCGCUUAGUGGACUUUGAGCAUGCACAAGACUAUGAUGAGAAGCUCGCGCAGGAAGAGCUUAAAUCACUAUAUGCGGAGUUGGCUGAAGAGACAGGACGUGGCUCAACUAUUACUAGAUCAGUUACCUAG